UCACCGGAUGUCUGUACGCCACGAAAGUGUCCUGUCUUGAUAGUGAAAGCGAGGUUUGGAUUCCCCAUCCAGGAAUACAAAACAGAAAGAAAGUCCUCAUUUGAUGACAAUUGGAAGACAAAGACUACCUAUAAAUAACAUUGGAACUGUGAUGGCCUAAUAUGAAGACUUCUGUGUCACAUAGCUACUAGCACCAUGGCAGAAGAAGGAGUAACUGUAACAGUCAGGCUGAUCAGAUCAUUUCCACAUCGCAACAUCAAACAUAUCGUGUUCAAGAAUGUGUCAGUGUCACAGACAGCAGCUGACUUCAUGACAGUUGUCAACAAAGAUAUUGCAACAUGCUCUGAACUGCCACCACCCUUUAAGAAGUAUCAGUAUGAUACAAUGAAAAUUUUGCACAAGGCACAUGGCUUUAAGACCAAUGACCCAGUGAUAAAUACAGAUCAUGAGGAGAACAUUCUAGACCCAGGGAGGACACUCUCAGAGCAAGGUGUAGCAAAUGAGACAGAGAUAUCCUAUUUUAAGAGAGAGGACUAUGAACACUACAAAGCUAAUCCAGUGACUCAGUGGUUAUGAGACCUCACUAGAAACAGUACCACUGUCAUCAAGAUGAACAGCAGUCAAGUCUUUCACAGUAAAUGUAGUUUGCUGAUAGGACUGUGAUCAGGCCUACCCAACUACCAGACUUGGCACCUAAGGAUCCUGAAUUAACCGGUAUAUUGGACCACGC